GCCGCCGGAGUCUCUCUCGUUUUGUCAAUGCCGUCUUCUUUGAAACUUCUCUGAUGAAGAGAAUGACAAGCAAGAAACUGGAUCAGAAGCUGCACCGGAUUUACAAUGGCGAGAUAUCCAAAUCUAAAUCUGAAUUAAAACCGAAGAAGAUUUUCAGUCCGACAAUCAACGAUGUGCCACCGUGCGAGGGCAUCGAUCACUCAACAAGUGACAAUUCUUCUAAGAUCUCAUCUUGUUUAUCAAAAGAUUCAUCUUCAUCAUCGUCGAGAUCGUUGUCGUUAACGACGGCAUCUGACCGUUCAUCUUCAUCAUCGUCGAGGUCGUCGUUAACAACUCCAUCCGGCCGUUCAUCUUCGUCGUCACUUUCCCGUAAUUCGAGGCCGGCAUCGUCCAAAACCGCGGAAAACAAUAAAAUGAUUGAAAAGGACCAUGGUUCCAGGAUCGUUUCUUGUUGUUUGCUCCUUGUGAGCCUAUUGGUUUUGGUCAUUUGGGGUAAAGUUUCUGCAAUUUUCUGCACCUCGGCCGUGCUGGCCCUUACGAACGGUGGGCUAAACGAGGUCCAUCGGAUAGUGUUGCGGUCGAUCCUCGUGUAUUCGAGAUCGAUUCGAAGCAUUACAGGAAGAAGAUUAUCAUGGAAGGGUUGCUAG